UUUGAGAUGAACCGCCUUACAGUUUUUAGACAAAUACGAAGUUUUCCACCGCCCAUGCAACUCAAUACCGCCACUGUCACUACGGCGUUCGCAUUUCAUCCCUCGAGAAUAAAUUCUGAAACCAGAAACAGUUGGUAUUGUAUCGUAGCUCUUGGUUAAGGUUCGUACAAUGCCUUGGUGGGAUCUUGGAUUGCUUUCUCGUCUCAAAAACUUGAGUGGCGUCGUCUUUCAGCAGAACAAAAUACAGGAAGUUCAGCAUAGUUCGCAUACUGUAAGGUCCCAUGGAGUGACAGUUGCAAGGACACACAUGCAUGAUUGGGUGAUACUGAUGCUUCUUGGGUUGAUAGAGGUCAUCCUUUAUGUGAUUCAUCCAUUUUAUCGCUUCGUAGGAAAAGAUAUGAUGACUGAUCUGAAAUAUCCCUUGAAAAGUGUCACAGUACCUUUUUGGGCUGUCCCUAUGUAUGCAGUUGCACUGCCCAUAGCAAUUUUUGUUGUUGUCUAUUUCCGCAGGAGAGAUGUCUAUGACCUUCACCAUGCCAUACUAGGUCUAUUGUUCUCUGUUCUGAUAACAGGGGUUCUUACAGAUGCUAUAAAAGAUGCAGUUGGUCGACCCCGACCAGACUUCUUUUGGCGCUGUUUUCCAGAUGGGAAGGAUGUGUAUGAUAAAUGGGGAAAUGUUGUAUGCCAUGGUGUGAAGAGUGUUAUAAAGGAGGGGCACAAGAGUUUUCCAAGUGGCCAUACUUCAUGGUCCUUUGCUGGUCUUGGAUUUCUCUCACUGUAUUUGUCAGGAAAAAUACAAGUAUUUGAUCGCAAAGGCCAUGCUGCAAAACUUUGCAUUGUUAUUCUUCCACUACUUGUUGCAUCACUUGUCGGAGUUUCUCUAGUAGAUGACUACUGGCACCACUGGCAAGACGUGUUUGCUGGAGGUCUCCUAGGCCUUACGGUUGCCACCUUUUGCUAUUUGAAGUUCUUUCCACCCCCAUACCAUGCCCAAGGUUGGGGCCCUUAUGCUUACUUCCAAGUGUUGGAGGAGAUGCGUUCGGGGGCACAAGUAACCAGCACAAUAAAUGGGAGCAACGUGCAGGUCACAGAGGCUCGGGUUGAGAAUCAAGUAGACGAAACAAGUAACCAUGGAUGUAUGGGGUUAACAUUAGCACGUGGUUCUGGUUCAGCAUUGGAAGAUUUAGAAUCUGGGAGGAAAUAGUUUUGUGCAUUUGUUUAGAGCUCGUGAUGGAUCCUGCCGAUGUACCUAUAUGUAGAGAAAUGCCACAGCUUAAACCGAUAGGAACAGUACCUUCGCUUCCAAGUUUGUUUAUACAGAAUCGUGUGGUUUCUGCUUAUAUUGUAUGUGCCCCAGCCGACAGGCACGAUCAGUGGAUUAAAUGUUUAUCGUUUAGCAGAGGUUGUCCAUCUGAAAUGGCUUCAAAAUCAAUGAAGUUUCGUUUACGGUUGA